UGUUUUUUUAUUUCCAGUGUGCAUCCAUGGAUGCGUCACAUGACCAUUAAUCUUUAGUGCAUUUCCGCUUUCACGGCGGCCGAGCUGUUAUCAAUUGCUUUCCAUGGAUGCGUGCAGGAUUUUAGUUGAAGCAUCUCUGCAGUUUCCACCAUCCUGUCCUCUGUGUCUCUUGUUUCCGCACUGAAUCAAUGAAAGCAUAAUCAUCCUAGGAUUGCCUCAUCCUCCUCCUCCUCGUCGUCUUCUUCGUCCAGCCCUUCGUCGAUCAAGCGCGGCCGAGCUGGGGGGGAAUCCGGGGAAAGGCAGCCGCGGCGCCCCGCACCGGCCGACGGACACCCCGCCGCGACGCGCCACUAACAUGCUCACCCGUGUAAAGUCCGCCGUGGCCGGUUUCAUGGGGGGAAUCAUGGCCGGGGGUAGCUCCGGGUCAGGCGGCAAUACCGGAUCCGAGCUGCCGCUGAAAUUCCCAUAUAUGAGACCUGAUUUCCUUGGACUGUCCCCGGAUGAGAUCGAGUGCUCUGCUGAUCACAUAGCUCGGCCCAUCCUCAUCCUCAAGGAAACCAGGAGGUUACCGUGGGCCACCGGAUACGCUGAGGUUAUUAAUGCUGGUAAGAGUGCGCUGAAUGAGGACCAGGCCUGCUGUGAGGUGGUAGUAGCAAGAAGGAGGCCAAUGAGCUACUGCCCUCCCUCCACACCCAGCAAGACCCCAACCGCCAAGAGACGCAACUCCUUGCCCAACGGAGAGGGCCUAGGGCUCCAUAUGGAGCACAGCAGACUAGGAGAGGAAAGCGAAGGACUCGUGUUUCACUACUGGGCUUUGUUCGACGGUCACGCAGGUUCAGGUGCGGCAGUUGUCGCCUCCCGCUUGCUACAACACCACAUCGCCUGCCAGCUUCAGGCCGUCAUAGAGAUUUUGCGCAACUUGGCAUCUCCACCCCCCACCGUGCUGGGCGAGGAGCCAGACUGUAAUCCCUACCUCCAGGGAAACACUCCUCACCGUGCCCUGACCCGGGCUGCUUCCCUGCGCGGGGCCACAGGUGCACCAGGCUCCCCUUGCAGCACCCCGCCUCCACCACGCUUUUUUACUGAGAAGAAGAUCCAGCACGAGAGCCUGGUGAUUGGAGCCAUAGAGAACGCCUUCAAAGAGAUGGACGCCCAGAUCGAGAGGGAGAAGCAAGUUUUUAACAUCACAGGAGGAUGCACGGCUCUCACUGUGGUUUACCUCCUAGGAAAGCUAUUUGUUGGGAACGCAGGUGACAGCAGGGCUAUCAUUAUUAGAAACAAUGAGAUCAUUCCCAUGUCGACAGAGUUCACACCAGAGUCAGAACGACAGCGACUCCAGUUCCUGGGUUUCAUGCAGCCUCACCUGUUAGGAAAUGAGUUCACGCACCUGGAGUUCCCCCGGAGAGUUCAGAGGAAGGAGGUGGGCAAGAGGAUGCUCUACAGAGACUUCACCAUGAACGGAUGGGCUUACAAGACGAUCGAGGAUGAGGAUCUCAAGUUUCCUCUUAUAUACGGUGAAGGGAAAAAGGCGCGGGUGUUGGCCACCAUCGGUGUGACCCGCGGACUCGGUGACCACGACCUCAAAGUUCAUGACUCCAACAUCUUCAUCAAGCCGUUCCUGUCCUGUUGCCCUGAGGUGAAGGUGUAUAACCUGAUGCAUUACGAACACGGAGCUGAUGAUGUGCUUGUGAUGGGAACUGAUGGCCUCUGGGAUGUCCUUUCCAACCAGGAGGUGGCUGAAGCCGUCACCACCUUUCUAGCUAACUGCGACCCUGACGACUUACACAGGUACACAAUGGCAGCACAGGAUUUGGUGAUGCGAGCACGAGGUGUUCUGAGAGACAGAGGCUGGAGGAUCACCAAUGAGCGCCUGGGCUCCGGAGACGACAUCUCAGUCUUCAUCAUACCUCUCAUGUACGGCAACCGCCAGCCCUGAGGAGCAUUCCACCGAUGCUAUGGUUCAGUGAUGAGAAAGGCCUGUAGACUCAGCAGGAUUGAUUAGUCCUGAACUCAGAGUCCCCCUUUUAGUUUUCUUAUUUAUUUGCUUCCUUAGAAGAAGGUGGCACAUUAAUUUGUUGGUGCUUCAUUUCUCUACGGGAGUUCAGGAUUGAUCAGCUCAGGGGAACUACAGUCAGCAUCGCCAUGUUAGUUUAUUAAGACUCCACAGUCGUGAAAGCUUAAACCGUAGAUAAUUUUAAGUCACUAAAUCAUGUCAUGAAUAAACAAUGUCAAGAAAUAAUUUGCCUGGCAAAACUCAAAUAAGCAAAUGCUUUUCUGAAGUGAAGAAGAGCUUUCUCGCUCUUUCCCUCCCUCCUCUUGUGCUAAACAAUUCUGGGCUCCUCCUCCUACUAUUCCCCUUUCUUUAGUUGAUCCUUCCUUCUCUUGUAGGCUAUUGUAUAUUUAACUUGUUUAUAUAUAUUUAAAAAAAAAAAAAAAGAAUACCUCCUUUGUCUUGUGAAAAUGGACCAAGCUGACAUGUCAGCUGCAUUUUCUGUUUUGCCACAGUGUGGCUUUAAAGGACUCACUUGCUGAAGAACUGUUUCAAGUUUGCCGAAGAAAUUAAAGAAGUGUCGAUAUGGGCACAGAACAAGAGGUUAUCCACAUUUCCCAAAAAGUCAUUAAAGGAUCUUAGCCUUUAUCAAUCGAAAGUUGAGACAGAAGGACUGAUGUGGUUUAUGAACAAACAAACACAUCUGCACAG